ACAAUUUAUGAUUUAUCCCCUCAAAUUCAAAUGAAAUAACAUGAAUGAAGCAAACUACUUUCCACAAACAUCCAACAAAUCUCCCACCAAAUUCAUCAACACAUGAAGAAUAGUACUAGCUGCCUCCUCGCACUCCUCCUCCCUAUCUCUAUCAUCGUCGCUAGAGCUGCUGUCAUCGUCGGCGGCGGCGCCGGAGUAGGCAUUGGCAUCUCCGGCACCGGAGGCGUCUGGAUUGGUGGCGGAGUCAACCCUCCUACCUCCGCCGCCUCCAAGCUGAGCGCCGCCUACGCCGCCCUCCAUGCCUGGAAAGCCGCCAUCACAGACGAUCCUCUCAACAUCACUAGCUCCUGGAACGGCCCCAAUGUCUGCUCCUACAAAGGCGUCUUCUGCUCCGACUCCCUCGAUUUCAUGGGAAAUCCCGCCGGCAAAGUCGUCGCCGCGAUCGAUCUCAACCACGCCAAUUUGCAGGGCACUCUCGUAAAAGACCUCGCUCUCCUCGCCGAUCUCUCCAUCCUCCACCUCAACACCAACCGCUUCAGCGGCGGCGUGCCGCCGUCGUUCAGAUCCCUCGCGUCGCUCACCGAAUUAGACCUCAGCAACAACCGCCUCUCCGGCGGAUUCCCCGCCGCGGUCCUCGACAUUCCAGAUCUCGUCUAUUUAGAUCUGCGAUUCAACAGCUUCUCCGGUCCGAUUCCGGAAGAUCUAUUCGAUAAGAAACUCGACGCCAUUUUCCUCAACAAUAACCUCUUCUCCGGCGAGCUGCCGCAGAAUCUAGGAAAUUCUCCGGCGUCUGUGAUAAACCUUGCCUACAACAAGCUGAGCGGCGCGAUACCGUUCAGCUUGGGGUACAUGGGGAUCAAGGAGAUCCUGUUCCUCAACAACCGCCUGAGUGGCUGCAUUCCGGAAGGCGUGGGGAUGUGGUCGGAUCUUCAGGUUUUGGAUGUGAGUUCCAAUUCACUGAUGGGGCAUUUGCCGGAUUCUCUGUCCUGCCUCGGUAACAUCGAGGUUCUGAAUCUAGCGCGCAACCAAUUCUCCGGUGAGCUGCCGGAUUUGCUCUGCUCGAUGCGGAGUUUGAUUAAUUUGACGGUAUCGGCGAAUUUUUUCUCCGGAUUUAGCGAAGUUUGUGACAAGAACAGCGGGUUCGGGUUUGAUUUUUCGUUUAACUGCAUUCCGGGGAGGGAGCUGCAGCGGCCGCAGCCGGAUUGCGCGGCGGUUCCCGGCGGUGGGCUGAGCUGUCUUAGAAUACCAGCGGCGAGGCCUCUUGUUUGUGGGGCCUUGCUGGGGGCGGAGUUCACCCACCCAUAAACAUGGUUUUCGAUUAGCCAACAGCACAGGCUGUUUCUCAUUAACUCAUUUUGUGCCUUUUUCUAUUUAAUUUUAUUUAUUUUCCCACAAAAGUUUUAUUAAUAGUAUUAUAAUUAUCUAAA